UCAAUCCCAUUGUCAGUCGAUAAUCUUGCAGACAAGCGAAGAGGGGAGAAAAAACAGGGGGGUUGAGGGAGGGAGCUCGACGAAAGCUUGCCAUGGCUUGGCACACCCGAAUCUCUUGCGUGAAGCAUUAGCCCACAACAAAACAGUGAAACACAAGCGAAGGGGAUUGAAGGAGUUGAGCGAGAUACUUAAUGUCAUAGGGGACUGAUUCGUGUAAGGUAUAUUGAUUGACCUGGUUUCCUAUUAGCACCGGACCUUUUUUGUUCUUUGGCGCUUCUCAUGAAGACAGUCAACCAGACAAAGUCUGGUAUGGAGGAAUCAACAAACUCUACUUCCUCUGCUUCAAACCUCUAUAAACAGUCUUCUAAGCGGCUUCUAUUUGACCGCCGCUAUGGUUGGGUGUAAGUCUUCUCUCUCAUUCUCUCUUUUGCCAUACUCAACAAAUAUUAUUACUGUGAUGCUUGCUGAGUUUUGUCAUACAGAAUUGAUGAAUGGAAAGACCCAUCAGAGGAAGCACUUGAGGGUGGCCGAGGAAUGUUUUGCAUAUUGCCACUUGCCAGAGCUUUGGUGCAGAAGACCUCACAAUCGGUAUGAUGAUAGUUUCACUAUAAAGUUUCAGAUCAAUCUUUCAGCUACAUUGGCCAUGAGAGCUUCUGAAAAUCCACAGUGGUUUACUCGUCAGUCCCUGAAUGCUGCUUUUGAUGAUGGUUUUCGCAGUUUUUUUUCCUUGAAAAACGCGUCAUGCAAAUUUAACUUCCUAGGCAAGAAUUCUCAUGGCCCGGAUGCUUCCAAUGACUCUUCCCAGCCCAAAGUAGAAAGUAAAGAAUGACAAAAUGUGCAAGUUACUUUUUGUAUUGGCCAGAAAAAAGUGACACACACACACACACACAUUUGGUGACAAACCAUCUACUAUUUGGUCCUACCAACUACUCUGAAUUUGAGCUGAGUCCAAUUGAGGAAAACUAUCCUGAUGUGAUUUCCCCCUUUUUUGGACCCAAUUUAUGAGGUUUGAACUGAAGACUUUAUUUAAAGGAUAGAGUCCCAUGCUAACCCCUGUUGCAAGUUACUUUUUUAGUAAAAGGAAAAGUUGGUAUCUUA